AUGGCAGAAGCAUCGCUGAGUGGUGGCAGCAAAGAAGCACCGAAGAUAGUGUGGAACGAGAAGGAUAAGAAAUUCGAGACAGAGGACAAGAAAGCUUAUCUGGAGUACGAGGUCAGGGGUGGAGGCAAAAUUAUGGACAUAAUUCAUACAUAUGUUCCAUCGAGCAAGAGAGGUUUAGGACUCGCUUCUCACCUCUGUGUCGCUGCACUGUCUCAUGCUCAGACACACUCCAUGUCGAUUAUUCCCACUUGCUCUUAUGUCUCUGACACUUUUCUUCCUCGAAACCCAUCUUGGAAUUCGGUUGUGUACACAGACGAUGUCAAUCAUACAACCGCCGCGUCUUUCUUCCCCACUUCCACCGCCUUAGUCUCCNGCCGCGUCUUUCUUCCCCACUUCCACCGCCUUAGUCUCCGCCGCCGCCUCGCUAUCCUCCCGCCUCCUUCAGCCUCUAAUUGCCACCGUCUAGAGCUGUAUACAGUGAUGGAGACUUCAAAUGGGCAUUUGAUUAAUCAUCAGUGUUCCUCCUCCUUUGCUUCUUCCCGGAGAGACGUCACUUACAGCUGUGGUUCUUGUGGAUUUGAUUUAAACCUGAGUUCAUCGAGUCGGAAUACCUCAACAAUUGGUUCCAAUUAUGGUAAAUCUAUAAAGAAAGGUAUUAUUUCUUUUUUCUCCAUUGAUGAGAGCAGAUUCAAUCUGGUCAAAGACUUCUACUGUGUACCCUACUUUUCCAAGCACUCUUGGGGAUUGUUCCAUCGGAGAACAAAACUUUUGUGUCGAAAAUGUGGUAACCUUAUUGGAAAUGCUGAUGAUGAAAAUGUUGCUAGUUACCGGCUCAUGAGAAAUGGAUCGAGUUUGUCUUCAGUCAGUGAAAACUCCAACCAGAGAAAGUACGAUAUCAGAAUUCGUGCCUUGCAACCUUCAGCAGAAUUUGGUACUCCGCUUAGCUGUUGA